ACAUAAAUGCUCUUCUUGUUGCAGCAUGACUGUUCGCAGUUGGACAUAGUUUGUGUUGUUCGACUGGCACGAUACCCCCCUCUUGUUAAGGCGACAUCGGCUUUUAAUCGACUUGCUCCAGAAGCCGGAAGAAGACGAAAGAUGGAAGACGUCAUCAUCGUCUGAUUUUUUUAAUAUUUUUUUAUUAUUUUUAAUUUUUAAACUGUAAUCGAAACCGGCAGAACCGAUGGAUCUCCUCCCAUUACAUAAACCUCAGCAGAAUGCAUGACAAAUUUGUCAGCACCGUCAAUCGAAAGAUGUCAGUCAAAGAGAGCGACUGUCUGUCUCUCCAACGCCCCAACGUAACCCUAAUAUCAGCGCAUUAGAGCAGCAUAGAGGGAAGAAAAUUAGCUGUUGUGCACCUCCCAACAUUUAGCAACCCACCCACUCCGGAAAGUUGUAGAGGCAUUACUCCGCCCAUCGCGGACCAACACCGACCUGUAACAAGCGCCACCUAUCCGUGGGUCUUGCACUAGUGCUGCCGGUGUUGAAACGUCACCAUUACGGCAGAUGUUGUCGCCGGUAGCGUCAUGGAACACGGUCUCCCUUGAAGAACCCCGUAAAACUGAGCAUCGACGCCUCGGGAUACUGAGCCCGUUCUCGGACUAUGUAAACAGCAAAUAAAGCUCUCUAUAAGACAUUCGAACACGUGUAAAACGGGACAAUCUUUUCGUAAAAAAGUAGUAACGUCCGGUACGUGCCCCAUGUUAAUCUGCGACGAAGGCAUCGGGAUGCAAGAGUCGCAGCCAAUAGGUGCUGUGACCAAGUCGACCAUAGGCCAUCGGGCCACGGACUUCUCCAUAGCGGCCAUCAUGUCUCGAACGGGACCUCUAAAUCGCAAAGACAAGCUACAAGAAAAAUCAAUGGAGCAACCUCUAGAAAAUAUAUCAAUAUUAACAGACACAGAUUCCACUAACGCAAUAACGACACCGUUCUACAGGCACACUUCACCUUCAUCACCCACAGACUCCGAUCCUCCGGUAUCUCCAGCCAUUUCUCCCCACCAGAACGCAUCAUCUGCGAGUAUGAGGUCUAAUUCUCCUCCUAUCACGGACGAAGCGGCAGACAGCACCACGGUUGAAGACAACGAUCUAUCUCCUGCCCCUUCAUCCUCAUCCGGCAAGAACCAGACCAACAACCCUUACGCCGCUGCACUUAAACCACAAUGUAACUGCGAGGAGCUCACCAAAGUCGAAUGUCAUCUAGAAAAUAAAGAACUUUGGGACAAAUUUCAUGAAUUGGGCACCGAAAUGAUCAUCACCAAAUCAGGGAGGAGGAUGUUUCCUACCCUGAGGGUCUCCUUCACCGGAUUGAACAGUGAAGCCAAGUACGCUGUAUUACUGGACAUUGUCCCCGUGGACAACAAGAGGUAUCGCUAUGCUUAUCACAGAUCUUCGUGGCUUGUGGCUGGCAAAGCGGAUCCACCUUCUCCACCUCGUCUCUACGUCCAUCCCGAUUCACCUUUCACAGGGGACCAGCUAAAGAAGCAAGUGGUGUCUUUCGAAAAAGUAAAGCUCACUAAUAACGAAAUGGAUAAACAGGGGCAUCAGAUCGUACUCAACUCCAUGCACAGGUACCAACCUAGAAUACACAUAGUGAAGAGGAAAUGUCAUAGUCAAAAUUCGGUCAUAACCGAUUUGGAAUCUGAAGAAUAUCGCACUUUUAUCUUCUCUGAAGCUGUUUUUACUGCUGUGACAGCCUACCAGAACCAAUUGAUAACAAAACUGAAGAUAGACAGCAACCCUUUUGCCAAAGGUUUUAGGGACUCAUCACGUCUGACAGAACUCGAAAGAGAAUCGAUGGAGACUUUGAUCACCGAGCACAAUUAUUUGUAUUCUCCACUUCGAGCAUUCCUGGAUCCCGAACGAGACGACAUAAACAGCGCCCUGCUGAGAGAGAAAGCCGAACUGCUUGGUAUUCCAAGGCCACCCUUUCUAUGGCGGACAUCUGCAGGCAUCCCGUCGUCUUUCGGCCCCAACGAUGCUUAUUCAGCGCUACUAUCUUCGCAGCACAAUCUCUAUCAGAUGAAUUCAGCCAGAAGUAAUCCACCACCUCUGACUUUAGCACCUCAGAUGUGGCAACAAUGGGCAGCCGCCGCAUCACCAGCAGCACUAGCAGGACUGGGUCAAUACGGAAUGUUAAACAUUUCUUCCUCAUCUUGUCAACCCACUCACGUUUGUAGAACAUCCGAAAGUACCCAGAAUCUAGGACUGCAUAGAUAUAUGCCGUAUUUUUAUUCGACUAAGAAAGAAGGCACCUCACCACAGACUAAUGGCAUUGAUAUAGGAGGGUCAUCAGAAUUAACUCCCAGCACUUUGAGGUGAAGAUAAUUCUAUGUUAGAACUCUGUAAGCACUGUCUUUCAUUGUUCAAAGACCGUAGCUCAAUUGUAUAGUUAUUCAACAAAACAAUAAUAGAACAGGGUGGUGUACAGACCGUAGUGCAAAUAAUUUAUGGAGUUUGAUGUCUAAAUUCUUUCCGAAAAGAACUUGAAAUUUGAGUAGCUAAGAGAGGGGAAAAUGCUCAAAGAAAGCCAAAAAUAUUUGUGACUCUCUCAUAAUAUAAUGAAAAGAAAAGAAAAGAAA